AAAGAAUGAAGAAUGUGGGAGCUGCUAAGAUGGGGAGAAGGAGACAAGAGGGUUGUGAAAAUGGUGAUGGAGGCGAGAAGAAACGGAGCCGAACGGGUCUGAGGAGCCAUAAAGUUGACAACUUUAGUGAGUUAGAGUGGGAGCGGGGGAAGGGUAAAAGGAGUGGGAGGGUUAGGGUCAGUUUAUCAAGUGGUAAGAAGCCUCAGGGAGAGCCAGAGAUGAAGGACAACGUUGGGUCGUCGGAAGCUACGGCGCAGACAACCCAGUUCUUGGUUUUUCACCGGCGUGCAUUUGUCACCGAGCUGAUGAACAACCCUGAAUUGAGAAGCAAACAUAAUGUCUGGAGAGAUGACCAGCAGCCAGCACAGCAGCACCCUGUUGAACAUUGUAGCACUGUGCAGCCUCUGAAGAACUUUGAAUUGAGAAAUUGUGAAAAUGAAAGAAUUGAGCAUGUCGAGAGAGAGGAAACCGGAGAAAGACAGAAAGAAGGGAGGGAAGAAGAAAUGGAGGUCCAAACAGAUGACCAGCCGCCAGCACAGCAGCCUGUUGAAAAAUGUAGCAUUAGGCAGGUAUCGAGAGUGGAAGAAACAGGAGGACAGCGAGAAAUAAUUAGAGAAGAAGAGGAGGUGCAAGCUAUCGAAGAGCAGCCUUCACCACUGCCUGCUGAACAAUGUAGCAUUGGGCAUGCAUGGAGUGAGGAAGAAGUUGGAGCACUCAACAAAGGAUUGGGUAGUGAGGUUGACGUCCAAAUCAUUGAGGUGAAGCAAUCACAAUCCUCAGUUGCUGCAGGCUCUAGGCGCUCUAUCCAAGCUUUGGGGUUUCUGGAAAGUUAUCUCGGCGAGCACCAACAAAGCUUGGCCAGCACCAACGAAGCUUCAAUCCCCAAUUUGGAUGAGGUUGCUCAAGCUAAGGCCAAAAUUCAAAGGAUUUCCACUCUCUAUUGAUGAAGUCAUG